AUGUUUUCUUAUGAUGUUCAUUAUCGGACUCCGUCUGUUAUCAGGCUACCUUUCCAUCUUCCAGGACAACAAAACGUUGUUUAUGGUGCUGAAGAAGAUAUAGACGACAUUUUAAGCAAACCUUCAGUUGCUUCUACUAUGUUUUUAAAGUGGAUGGAAGCUAAUGCAACAUAUCCAGAAGCACAACAUCUAACAUACGUUGAAUUUCCAACAAAAUUUGUAUGGAAACUUGAAAGAAAAUGUUGGGAACGAAGGGAAAGAGGCUUCUCUAUUGGUAGAAUUCAUGCUGUGUCACCCGCUCUUGGUGAAGCAUACUUUUUAAGGAUUCUUUUGAAUAAAGUUAAAGGCCCAAGAUCAUUUGUUGAGAUUUUGACUGUCAAUAAACAGAUAUGCAAAACUUUUAGGGAAGCAUGUUAUAAACGAGGUCUUUUGGAGGAUGACACUGAAUAUAUUGAGGCUAUUCAAGAGGCAAGUCACUCAGGAUCUGGGUAUUUUCUACGGUCUUUGUUUUCGACAAUGUUGCUUAAUGAGACUUUAUCUAGACCUGAAUUUGUUUGGCAAAAAACAUGGCAGUUCCUAUCUGACGACAUUCUCUACAAACAACAAAUGCUACUAAAAAGUCCAGAGUUAUCACUUACCGACAAUCAAAUCAAGAACCUUACACUAUUUGAAAUUGAGAGAAUAUUACUUCGUAAUAACUCAACUUUGAAAAAGUUUCCAGCAAUGCCAUUUCCUGAUUCUGAUUUUGUUUCAAAUUGCAACAAUCGAUUGAUUACCGAAGAGCUAUCUUAUGAUAUCGAUAAUCUGAAGACCGAUGUUGUUACUCUCAUUAGUGCGUUAACAGAUGAGCAAAGACAUGUCUAUGAUAAUAUUAUGACAUCUGUUACACGAAAUAAAGGAGGUGUGUUUUUUGUAUAUGGUUACGGUGGUACUGGAAAAACUUAUUUGUGGAAGACAUUAUCAACAGUACUCAAAUAUAAAGGAGAAAUUGUUUUAAAUGUAGCUUCGAGUGGAAUUGCAUCUUUGUUACUAACCGGAGGCAGGACCGCACAUUCCCGUUUCUCUAUUCCUUUAAAUCUAACCGAAGACUCUAUGUGUUUUAUUAAGCCAAAUAGCGAUGCUGCAGAGCUACUAAAAAAAGCCUCCUUGAUUAUUUGGGACGAAGCUCCAAUGACUCACAAACAUGCCUUUGAAGCCCUAAAUAGAACAAUGAAUGACAUUUUGAUCUCUGACAAUCAUAGCAGCUCAAACAUCAUGUUUGGAGGUAAGGUCGUUGUUUUUGGUGGAGACUUUAGGCAGAUUCUUCCUGUGGUACAAAAUGGAAGCAGGCAUGACAUUAUUAAUGCGUCAUUAUGUUCUUCUUAUAUUUGGUCAAACGUCAAAGUCUUAAGGUUGACAAAGAACAUGAGGUUAUCUUUAGGGAUCGAUUCUACAAACAUCAAGGAAACUACUGCUUUUUCAAACUGGCUAUUAGACAUCGGAGAAGGAAAAGUUGGUGAAGCAAAUGAUGGUGAAUCAACUAUUGAUAUACCUGAAGAUCUUUUAAUUGGUGAUUCUUCUGAUCCUAUUAUUGAUUUAAUUAACUUUGUCUAUCCUUCCAUUCUUGAUAGAUUCCACGAGCCUAACUAUUUUGACGAUAGAGCCAUUUUAGCACCUACAAAUGAGGUUGUUCAAUCUAUCAAUGAUCGCUUGAUGUCUUUGUUUCCUGGCGAUGAAAAGGAGUACUUAAGUUCAGAUUCAAUUUGUCAGUCAGAUCACGUAAACGAAACUUUUGAUGAAAAGCUCUACUCACCGGAUGUUUUGAAUGGACUUAAACUUUCAGGUGUACCUAAUCAUCAAUUAGUUUUGAAGGUGGGUGUUCCAAUAAUGCUACUUCGAAAUAUUGACCAGAAGAAUGGUUUGUGUAAUGGUACAAGACUACGAGUACUUUAUCUUGGUAAUAGGGUGAUUGAAGCUGAGAUUAUAUCUGGUGCUAAUAUUGGUACAAGAACUUUCAUCCCUCGCCUUAGUCUGUCACCAUCUGAUAAGAAAAUUCCUUUCAAGUUCAAAAGAAGACAGUUUCCGGUUGUUGUUUGUUUUGCAAUGACUAUUAACAAAAGUCAGGGACAAUCAUUAUCCAAGGUUGGAUUGUAUCUCAAAGAUCCUGUUUUCUCACAUGGUCAACUUUAUGUGGCACUAUCAAGGGUUAAAAGUAGAGCCGGUUUAAAGAUGCUGAUAACAGAUAAAGAUGGCCAUGCUACAAAUAAGACCACAAAUGUUGUAUACAAAGAAAUUUUUGGAAAUUUGUAGUCUUUUUUGUUCAUUUAUCAUUUGUUAAGGAAACUUUUGCAUUUAUUUUAUUUAAACUGU